ACGGGUGGGCAUGGGGGGCGCGCCGAGCAGCCCCGGCGGCCGGGCCGGCAUUACCGCGGCGUCUCUCCGCUAGAGGAGGGGACAAGCCAGUUCUCCUUUGCAGCAAAAAAUUACAUGUAUAUAUUAUUAAGAUAAUAUAUACAUCGGAUUUUAUUUUUUUAAAAAGUUUAUUUUGCUCCAUUUUUGGAAAAGAGCUUGGGCGGCGAGCGGUUUUUUUUUUUUUUUUUUUUUUUUUUUUUAAAUCAAUUAUCCUUAUUUUCUGUUAUUUGUCCUCAUCCCUCCCCACCCCCUGCUGAAGCAAGAAUAAGGGCAGGGACCGCGGCUCCUACCUAUUGGUGAUCCCCUUACCCAUUCCGCCCCCGCCCAACGCCCAGCACAGUGCCCUGCACACAGUAGUCGCUCAAUAAAUGUUCGUGGAUGAUGAUGAUGAUGAUGAUGAAAAAAAUGCAGCAUCAACGGCAGCAGCAAGCGGACCACGCGAACGAGGCAAACUAUGCAAGAGGCACCAGACUCCCUCUUUCUGGUGAAGGACCAACUUCUCAGCCGAAUAGCUCCAAGCAAACUGUCCUGUCUUGGCAAGCUGCAAUCGAUGCUGCUAGACAGGCCAAGGCUGCCCAAACUAUGAGCACCUCCGCACCCCCACCUGUAGGAUCUCUCUCCCAAAGAAAACGUCAGCAAUACGCCAAGAGCAAAAAACAGGGUAACUCGUCCAACAGCCGACCUGCCCGCGCCCUUUUCUGUUUAUCACUCAAUAACCCCAUCCGAAGAGCCUGCAUUAGUAUAGUGGAAUGGAAACCAUUUGACAUAUUUAUAUUAUUGGCUAUUUUUGCCAAUUGUGUGGCCUUAGCUAUUUACAUCCCAUUCCCUGAAGAUGAUUCUAAUUCAACAAACCAUAACUUGGAAAAAGUAGAAUAUGCCUUCCUGAUUAUUUUUACAGUCGAGACAUUUUUGAAGAUUAUAGCGUAUGGAUUAUUGCUACAUCCUAAUGCUUAUGUUAGGAAUGGAUGGAAUUUACUGGAUUUUGUUAUAGUAAUAGUAGGAUUGUUUAGUGUAAUUUUGGAACAAUUAACCAAAGAAACAGAAGGCGGGAACCACUCUAGCGGCAAAUCUGGAGGCUUUGAUGUCAAAGCCCUCCGUGCCUUUCGAGUGUUGCGACCACUUCGACUAGUGUCAGGAGUGCCCAGUUUACAAGUUGUCCUGAACUCCAUUAUAAAAGCCAUGGUUCCCCUCCUUCACAUAGCCCUUUUGGUAUUAUUUGUAAUCAUAAUCUAUGCUAUUAUAGGAUUGGAACUUUUUAUUGGAAAAAUGCACAAAACAUGUUUUUUUGCUGACUCAGAUAUCGUAGCUGAAGAGGACCCAGCUCCAUGUGCGUUCUCAGGGAAUGGACGCCAGUGUACUGCCAAUGGCACGGAAUGUAGGAGUGGCUGGGUUGGCCCAAACGGAGGCAUCACCAACUUUGAUAACUUUGCCUUUGCCAUGCUCACUGUGUUUCAGUGCAUCACCAUGGAGGGCUGGACAGACGUGCUCUACUGGGUAAAUGAUGCGAUAGGAUGGGAAUGGCCUUGGGUGUAUUUUGUUAGUCUGAUCAUCCUUGGCUCAUUUUUCGUCCUUAACCUGGUUCUUGGUGUCCUUAGUGGAGAAUUUUCAAAGGAAAGAGAGAAAGCAAAAGCACGGGGAGAUUUCCAGAAGCUCCGGGAGAAACAGCAGCUGGAGGAGGAUCUAAAGGGCUACUUGGAUUGGAUCACCCAAGCUGAGGACAUUGAUCCCGAGAACGAGGAAGAAGGAGGAGAGGAAGGCAAACGAAACACUAGCAUGCCCACCAGUGAGACUGAGUCUGUGAACACAGAGAACGUAAGCGGCGAAGCCGAGACGCGAGGCUGCUGUGGAAGUCUCUGGUGCUGGUGGAGACGGAGAGGCGCGACCAAGGCGGGGCCCUCUGGGUGUCGGCGGUGGGGUCAAGCCAUCUCAAAAUCCAAACUCAGCCGCCGCUGGCGUCGCUGGAACCGAUUCAAUCGCAGAAGAUGUAGGGCUGCCGUGAAGUCUGUCACGUUUUACUGGCUGGUUAUCGUCCUGGUGUUUCUGAACACCUUAACCAUUUCCUCUGAGCACUACAAUCAGCCAGAUUGGUUGACACAGAUUCAAGAUAUUGCCAACAAAGUCCUUUUGGCUCUGUUCACCUGUGAGAUGCUGGUAAAAAUGUACAGCUUGGGCCUCCAAGCAUAUUUUGUCUCUCUUUUCAACCGGUUUGAUUGCUUCGUGGUGUGUGGUGGAAUUACUGAGACCAUCUUGGUGGAACUGGAGAUCAUGUCUCCCCUGGGGAUCUCUGUGUUUCGGUGUGUGCGCCUCUUAAGAAUCUUCAAAGUGACCAGGCACUGGACUUCUCUGAGCAACUUAGUGGCAUCCUUGUUAAACUCCAUGAAGUCCAUCGCUUCGCUGUUGCUUCUGCUUUUUCUCUUCAUUAUCAUCUUUUCCUUGCUUGGGAUGCAGCUAUUUGGCGGCAAGUUUAAUUUUGAUGAAACGCAAACCAAGCGGAGCACCUUUGACAAUUUCCCUCAAGCACUUCUCACAGUCUUCCAGAUCCUGACAGGCGAAGAUUGGAAUGCUGUGAUGUACGACGGCAUCAUGGCUUAUGGGGGCCCGUCCUCUUCAGGAAUGAUCGUCUGCAUCUACUUCAUCAUCCUCUUCAUUUGUGGUAACUAUAUUCUACUGAACGUCUUCUUGGCCAUUGCUGUAGACAAUUUGGCUGAUGCUGAAAGUUUGAACACUGCUCAGAAAGAAGAAGCAGAAGAAAAGGAAAGAAAAAAGAUUGCCAGAAAAGAGAGCCUAGAAAAUAAAAAGAACAAACCAGAAGUCAAUCAGAUAGCCAACAGUGACAACAAGGUUACAAUUGAUGACUAUAGAGAAGAGGAUGAAGACAAGGACCCCUACCCACCUUGCGAUGUGCCAGUAGGGGAAGAGGAAGAGGAAGAGGAGGAGGAUGAACCUGAGGUUCCUGCCGGACCCCGUCCUCGAAGGAUCUCGGAGUUGAACAUGAAGGAAAAAAUUGCCCCCAUCCCCGAAGGGAGCGCUUUCUUCAUUCUUAGCAAGACCAACCCGAUCCGCGUGGGCUGCCACAAGCUCAUCAACCACCACAUCUUCACCAAUCUCAUCCUCGUCUUCAUCAUGCUGAGCAGCGCUGCGCUGGCCGCAGAGGACCCCAUCCGCAGCCACUCCUUCCGGAACACAAUACUGGGUUACUUUGACUAUGCCUUCACAGCCAUCUUUACUGUUGAGAUCCUGUUGAAGAUGACAACUUUUGGAGCUUUCCUCCACAAAGGGGCCUUCUGCAGGAACUACUUCAAUUUGCUGGAUAUGUUGGUGGUCGGGGUGUCUCUGGUGUCAUUUGGGAUUCAAUCCAGUGCCAUCUCCGUUGUGAAGAUUCUGAGGGUCUUAAGGGUCCUGAGGCCCCUCAGGGCCAUCAACAGAGCAAAAGGACUUAAGCACGUGGUCCAGUGCGUCUUUGUGGCCAUCCGGACCAUCGGCAACAUCAUGAUCGUCACCACCCUCCUCCAGUUCAUGUUUGCCUGUAUCGGGGUCCAGUUGUUCAAGGGGAAGUUCUAUCGCUGUACGGAUGAAGCCAAAAGUAACCCUGAAGAAUGCAGGGGUCUUUUCAUCCUCUACAAGGAUGGGGAUGUUGACAGCCCUGUGGUCCGCGAGCGGAUCUGGCAAAACAGUGAUUUCAACUUUGACAACGUCCUCUCUGCUAUGAUGGCGCUCUUCACGGUCUCCACGUUUGAGGGCUGGCCUUCGUUGCUGUAUAAAGCCAUCGACUCGAAUGGGGAGAACGUCGGCCCAGUCUACAACCACCGCGUGGAGAUCUCCAUCUUCUUCAUCAUCUACAUCAUCAUUGUGGCCUUCUUCAUGAUGAAUAUCUUUGUGGGCUUUGUCAUCGUGACAUUUCAGGAGCAAGGAGAAAAAGAGUAUAAGAACUGUGAGCUGGACAAAAAUCAGCGUCAGUGUGUUGAAUACGCCUUGAAAGCACGUCCCUUGCGGAGAUACAUCCCCAAAAACCCCUACCAGUACAAGUUCUGGUACGUGGUGAACUCUUCGCCUUUCGAAUACAUGAUGUUUGUCCUCAUCAUGCUCAACACACUCUGCUUGGCCAUGCAGCACUACGAGCAGUCCAAGAUGUUCAAUGACGCCAUGGACAUUCUGAACAUGGUCUUCACUGGGGUGUUCACCGUCGAGAUGGUUUUGAAAGUCAUUGCAUUUAAGCCUAAGGGGUAUUUUAGUGACGCCUGGAACACGUUUGACUCCCUCAUCGUAAUCGGCAGCAUUAUAGACGUGGCCCUCAGCGAAGCAGACCACUAUUUCACUGAUGCAUGGAACACUUUUGAUGCCUUAAUUGUUGUUGGUAGCGUCGUUGAUAUUGCUAUAACUGAAGUGAAUCCAACUGAAAGUGAAACUGUCCCUGUCCCAACUGCUACACCUGGGAACUCUGAAGAGAGCAAUAGAAUCUCCAUCACCUUUUUCCGUCUUUUCCGAGUGAUGCGAUUGGUGAAGCUUCUCAGCAGGGGGGAAGGCAUCCGGACAUUGCUGUGGACUUUUAUUAAGUCCUUUCAGGCACUCCCCUAUGUGGCCCUCCUCAUAGCCAUGCUGUUCUUCAUCUACGCGGUCAUUGGCAUGCAGAUGUUUGGGAAAGUUGCCAUGAGAGAUAACAACCAGAUCAAUAGGAACAAUAACUUCCAGACGUUUCCCCAGGCGGUGCUGCUGCUCUUCAGGUGUGCGACAGGUGAGGCCUGGCAGGAGAUCAUGCUGGCCUGCCUCCCAGGGAAGCUCUGUGACCCUGAGUCAGAUUACAAUCCCGGGGAGGAGUAUACAUGUGGGAGCAACUUUGCCAUUGUCUAUUUCAUCAGUUUUUACAUGCUCUGUGCAUUUCUGAUCAUCAAUCUAUUUGUGGCUGUCAUCAUGGAUAAUUUUGACUAUCUGACCCGGGACUGGUCUAUUUUGGGGCCUCACCAUUUAGAUGAAUUCAAAAGAAUAUGGUCAGAAUAUGACCCUGAGGCAAAGGGAAGGAUCAAACACCUUGAUGUGGUCACUCUGCUUCGACGCAUCCAGCCUCCCCUGGGGUUUGGGAAGUUAUGUCCACACAGAGUAGCGUGCAAGAGAUUAGUUGCCAUGAACAUGCCUCUCAACAGUGACGGGACAGUCAUGUUUAAUGCGACCUUGUUCGCCUUGGUUCGAACGGCUCUUAAGAUCAAGACCGAAGGGAACCUGGAGCAAGCUAAUGAAGAACUUCGGGCUGUGAUAAAGAAAAUUUGGAAGAAAACCAGCAUGAAAUUACUUGACCAAGUUGUCCCUCCAGCUGGUGAUGAUGAGGUAACCGUGGGGAAGUUCUAUGCCACUUUCCUGAUACAGGACUACUUUAGGAAAUUCAAGAAACGGAAAGAACAAGGACUGGUGGGAAAGUACCCUGCGAAGAACACCACAAUUGCCCUACAGGAUAAUUCGAAUUGCAUUUUGGCUUCCUGUGCUGUAGAAAUGGCUGCGGGAUUAAGGACACUGCAUGACAUUGGGCCAGAAAUCCGGCGUGCUAUAUCGUGUGAUUUGCAAGAUGACGAGCCUGAGGAAACAAAACGAGAAGAAGAUGAUGAUGUAUUCAAAAGAAAUGGUGCCCUGCUUGGAAACCAUGUCAAUCAUGUUAAUAGUGAUAGGAGAGAUUCCCUUCAGCAGACCAAUACCACCCACCGUCCCCUGCAUGUCCAAAGGCCUUCAAUUCCACCUGCAAGUGAUACUGAGAAACCGCUGUUUCCUCCAGCAGGAAAUUCGGUGUGUCAUAACCAUCAUAACCAUAAUUCCAUAGGAAAGCAAGUUCCCACUUCAACAAAUGCCAAUCUCAAUAAUGCCAAUAUGUCCAAAGCUGCCCAUGGAAAGCGGCCCAGCAUUGGGAACCUUGAGCAUGUGUCUGAAAAUGGGCAUCAUUCUUCCCACAAGCAUGACCGGGAGCCUCAAAGAAGGUCCAGUGUUAAAAGAACCCGCUAUUAUGAAACUUACAUUAGGUCUGACUCAGGAGAUGAGCAGCUCCCAACUAUUUGCCGGGAAGAUCCAGAGAUACAUGGCUACUUCAGGGACCCCCGCUGCUUGGGAGAGCAGGAGUAUUUCAGUAGCGAGGAGUGCUACGAGGACGACAGCUCGCCCACCUGGAGCAGGCAAAACUAUGGCUACUACAGCAGAUACCCAGGCAGAAACGUGGACUUUGAGAGGCUCCGAGGCUACCAUCAACCCCAAGGUUUCUUGGAGGACGAUGACUCGCCCAUUUGCUAUGAUUCACGGAGAUCUCCAAGGAGACGCCUACUACCUCCCACCCCAGCAUCCCACCGGAGAUCCUCCUUCAACUUUGAGUGCCUGCGCCGGCAGAGCAGCCAGGAAGAGAUCCCAUCAUCUCCCACCUUCUUCCCCCACCGCACGGCCCUGCCUCUGCACCUGAUGCAGCAACAGAUUAUGGCAGUUGCUGGUUUAGAUUCCAGUAAAGCCCAGAAGUACUCACCGAGUCACUCGACCCGGUCGUGGGCCACCCCUCCAGCGACCCCUCCCUACCGGGACUGGACACCAUGCUACACUCCCCUGAUCCAAGUGGAGCAGUCGGAGGCCCUGGACCAGGUGAACGGCAGCCUGCCAUCCCUGCACCGCAGCUCCUGGUAUACAGACGAGCCCGAUAUCUCCUACCGGACUUUCACACCAGCCAGCCUGACCAUUCCCAGCAGCUUCCGGAACAAAAACAGUGACAAGCAGAGGAGCGCAGACAGCUUGGUGGAGGCAGUCCUGAUAUCUGAAGGCUUGGGACGCUAUGCAAGGGACCCAAAAUUUGUGUCAGCAACAAAACAUGAAAUCGCCGAUGCCUGUGACCUCACCAUCGAUGAGAUGGAGAGUGCAGCCAGCACCCUGCUUAAUGGGAACGUGCGUCCCCGAGCCAACGGGGAUGUGGGCUCCCUCUCACACCAGCAGGACUAUGAGCUACAGGACUUUGGUCCUGGCUACAGCGAUGAAGAGCCAGACCCUGGGAGGGAUGAGGAGGACCUGGCCGAUGAAAUGAUAUGCAUCACCACCUUGUAGCCCCCAGCGAGGGGCAGACUGACUCUGGCCUCAGGUGGGGCGCAGGAGGGCCAGGGGAAAAGUGCCUCAUAGUUAGGAAAGUUUAGGCACUAGUUGGGAGUAAUAUUCAAUUAGACUUUGUAUAAGAGAUGUCAUGCCUCAAGAAAGCCAUAAACCUGGUAGGAACAGGUCCCGAGUGAUGGAGCCUGGCAGAGGACCCUGCCCUCAGCCUCAACUGCAGGAAACAGCAGGCCCCACCCUCUCACAGAGGAUGGGUGAGGAGGGCAGACCCGCCCUGCCCCAUUGUCCAGAUGGGCCCUGCUGUGGAGUCUACUUCUCCCAUGUACCGGGGCACCAGGCCCACCCACCUGAAGGCAUGGCGGGGGGGCGGGGGAAGGUAAAGGUGAUGACGACCAUCACACCUGUGUCAUUACCUCAGCCAUCGGUCUAGCAUAUCAGACAGUCACUGGGCCCAACAUAUCCAUUUUUAAACCCUUUCCCCCAAAUACACUGCGUCCUGGUUCCUGUUUAGCUGUUGAAAUACAGCGCGUAAGUCAGAACCCAGCUACCAGCGGUCAUUGUAAGGGCAAUGGACCUUAUAAAUAAGGUUUUCUGUGAUGUGAUGCCAGUUUACAUAAGAGAAUAUCACUCCGAUGGUCGGUUUCUGACUGUCAUGCUAAGGGCCACUGUAAACUGGAAUAAUAAUGCACUCGCAACCAGGUAAACUUAGAUACACUAGUUUAAAAUUAUAGAUUUACUGUACAUGACUUGUAAUAUACUAUAAUUUGUAUUUGUAAAGAGAUGGUCUAUAUUUUGUAAUUACUGUACCGUAUUUGAACUGCAGCAAUAUCCAUGGGUCCUAAUAAUUGUAGUUCCCCACUGAAAUCUAGAAAUUAUUAGUAUUUUUACUCGGGCUAUCCAGAAGUAGAAGAAAUAGAGCCAAUUCUCAUCUAUUCAGUGAAAAUCCUCUGGGGGUAAAAUUUUAAGUUUGAAAGAGCUUGACACUACAGAAAUUUUUCUAAAAUAUUUUGAGUCACUAUAAACUGAUCUUUCCACAAGAUAUACCAGAUGGCUCUUUGCAGUCUUUUCUUUGGGCAAGAGUUCUACGAUUUUGAUACUGUACCUUUGAAUCCACGGUGGGUUGCAGCUAUCUUUGGUUUUGUUUGACGUGAACAACCCUCUGGUAAUUACAGAGCAGGUCCAGCUGGCUAUUCUGCCCCUAGGGCAUCCAUAGUUAUGGUUUUCUCUGCUGCCCACACAGGGCAUUUUUGCAUCUCUGGUGCAGAAAUGCAUAGAUGAAUGAGGUACAGCUGUUCUUGUCUUCUGGGUACUGGUGGUGCUGCUUUAGAAAUAAGGGGUGCUGGGGUAGGGGGAAGGAAGAAGCAACAUGGUGAUCUAUAGGAUUGGAAUGUCGGGGUCUAUACAAAUCGUAUUGUUGCCUUUUAUACAUUGCUGUACUGUGUGUUCUCUUUGAGGGCUUUUAUAUGCAAUUGAAUGAGGGCUGAAGUUUUCAUUAGAAUGCACUCACACUCUGAUUGUACGUCCUGAUGAAAACCCACUUUUGGAUAAUUAGAACCAUCAUGGCUUCCUUUUCUGUCAACGGGAGUAUGCGGACUAUCAAGUUACCUUGGCAGGGAUUCCCUGCAAUCAAAAAGACAGGUAGCAAUUUUGGUCUAAAAUUUUUAAUAGUAUACAGACAACCUGUUAAUGGUUUUUGUUUUGUUUUGUUUUGUUUUUGUAAAUAACACCACUUUGUUAUGAAGACCUUACAGACCUCUUCUUAUGACAUUCUUAUUCUAAUCCAGGCAAAAACACUUCAAGGUUUGUAAAUGACUCUUUCCUGACAUAAAUCCUUUUUUAUUAAAAUGCAAAAUGUUCUUCAGAAUAAAGCUGUGUAAUAAUUUUGUUAUGUUUGGGAGCUCUCCUCACACAGAGCUGGCGUUUGCCUCUGACAGGGCAGGUAAUGUCAGGGCAGGUACUGUCAGGGCAGCUCUGAAAUGACUCAGCUCUGAUAUUCUUUCUUAUCCUCCUGGCUCCUUUGGUGCCCAUGGUAACCUCAUACCAGCUGCAGGGAGCACCGUUUCUCCUAAAGGGCUACACCACUGUCAACAUUAUCUUGGACACUGUGUCUCUGUUGGGUCUUGGUCUUACUGUGUGGCUUCUCAUCCGGCCAAAAUUGCCAGACCAGGACCCUGAGUGUGUGGUAGAGGCGAUGUUCUUUUCCAAAGUCAGGGCUUAAAAACUGACGUUUUUAUAGGCUGCACCACUUCCUAAUAUCUAUCUGCUUUAAGCCUGGUUCAACCUCUCAUCGAAUAUUAAAUUUUUCUUUGUAAGAAAAA